UCGGGUUUCGGGGAGCAUUGCCAUCUCUACUCUGGCUCUCUCCGGUGACUCCACGCCAGCAGCAUCUUCCACAACCUCUCCAGCUUUCCCACGGCACUACCACUCCAGUAGAUGAGCCGACACACGGGCGCGUGCCCCCACGCGUGGCACCAGCACCAGCAGCCGCCUCACCGCGGGCGCAUGUGGGCCGCCUCCCCUGCCUUCCGCAAUCAACUCGUCCUGCUCCGCACUCUCCUCCCUUCUCCCACCGCAGUCGGCACCUCUUCCCCUUCCUCCUCCUCCCCGAGCUCUCUCCGGGCCCACGCGAUGGCGGCAUCGGCGGUGUACGAGGCGGACGCGGAGGCCGUGAUCCGGCGGAUCACGCCGCCACUCGACCGCGCCCGGCACAAGGGACAGGCAGGGAAGAUAGCAGUAAUCGGUGGAUGUCGUGAAUACACUGGUGCUCCUUAUUUUGCCGCUAUCUCUGCCUUGAAAAUUGGUGCAGAUCUCUCGCAUGUUUUCUGCACAAAAGAUGCUGCAACAGUAAUUAAGAGUUAUAGCCCUGAGCUUAUUGUACAUCCAAUACUGGAGGAGUCCUACAGCGUAAGGGAUGAUGAAAGAGAAUCUGUUUCUUCUAAAGUUCUUACCGAAGUUGCAAAGUGGAUGGAGCGCUUUGAUUGCAUUGUUGUUGGCCCUGGUCUCGGAAGGGAUUCAUUUCUUCUGGAUUGUGUGAGUAAUAUCAUGAGGCAUGCACAACAAGCUAACAUUCCAACCGUUAUUGAUGGGGAUGGCCUUUUCCUAAUAACCAAUGACCUUGGUCUUGUUAAAGGUAACUCUCUUGCUGUCCUAACACCGAAUGUAUAUGAGUACAAGCGUCUUGUUCAGAAGGUUCUUAACUGUGACGUAAAUGAGGAAACCGCUUCUGAGCAACUGACUGCACUUUGCCAAAAAAUUGGUGGCGUAAGCAUCAUGCGGAAAGGAAAAGCAGACCUAAUUAGUGAUGGUAAAACAGUGACACAAGUGAGUACUUUUGGUUCCCCAAGGCGAUGUGGCGGUCAAGGUGACAUUCUUUCUGGAAGCGUGGCAGUAUUUUCAUCAUGGGCACGGCACUUUAUCUUGUCAAAUGAGCAGUCUACUGAUAAUAGAGUAAAUCCGAUGACCCUUGGGUGCAUAGCUGGUUCUCUACUGCUUAGGAAAGCUGCAUCGUUUGCGUUUGAGAAGAACAAGCGAGCAACCGUUACCACCGACAUCAUUGAGUAUUUGGGCAAAAGCUUGGAAGAUAUCUGCCCUGCUGAGCACUAGUUACUGAGGAUAUUCAUCAUCAUGCACAAACAAAUUUAAUAAUGCUUGUCCAGGCAUUUUGAUGCUCGGAUCUCUUCUAUGCACAUGUUUGUAGAAUAGAAGGAGUAUGCUACCACGCUUGGAUGCAAUGUUUGAUCUCAGUUUGUUAAGAAGCACUCUGUAGAAUUAAGGCAUGUAAUUUUUUUUUUUUUUGAGAAUUGAAACUGUGGGGAACGCUGCAUAAAUUGCCUGACUGCUAGAAUUUUGAAUACACAUGCUUCCGGUCAGCUACUAA